GUCCGUCGCCAUUUCAGCAAACUGAACAUCGUCGCCCUGAGUUUCAACAUAUGCAAUUCAUGGGUAGCUAUAGCUGCAUCGCUCGCCAUCGCCGUCAGCGCAGGAGGAACGGCGACGCUCAUCUACGGCAUACCCCUGGCAACUAUUGCUUAUGCAGCUACUGGAGCGUCACUUGCGGAGAUGGCUUCUUGCUAUCCUACUGCUGGUGGCCAGUACCACUUUGCUUCUAUACUCGCACCUAAACGACUCGCUCGUGGACUCUCUUAUACAUGUGGUUCGAUUGCCAUGUUCUCCUGGAUAGCCCUGGGUGCUGCUGCAACUAUCCUCGCUACGCAGAUGCUUCUAGCGCUAGUAGUAUACUACCAAGCUAGCUAUGUACCUCAAGCCUGGCAUUACUUUGUUGUAUAUCAAGCCAUCAAUGUGGUCUUUCUUAUCUACAACCUGUUUGCUCUCGUCAAAACACCCUGGGUACAUAACGUGGGAUUACUCCUCACGCUCGCCUCCUUCGUCGUCAUCACCAUCACCUGCCUUGUCCGCUCCGAGAAGCAAGAUGCAACGUAUGUCUGGGCUACCAUGGAGAGUAACACAGGUUAUCCUGCUGGAGUGACGUUCCUCACCGGCUUCGCAACGCCCUGCUUCAUGUUUGCCGGCCUUGACGCAUCCCUCCACCUAGCAGAAGAAUGCACAGAACCCGAGAAGACGGUCCCGAAAGCUCUUUGCACAACCAUAGCCAUUGGAUUCGUCACUGGAUUCAUCUUUGCUGUCGCUAUGUGCUAUGGUAUCAGAGAUCUCGACUCUUUGAUCUCUACGACUAUGCCCAUUUAUGAACUCUGGCGACAAGAAGCUGGCAGUGCUGCUGCAACAGCCUUCUUAGCUGCUCUUCUCGUCAUCAACCUUUUCGUUAUCAACGCCGUGCAACAAACCUCCUCCCACCUCAUCUGGGCGUUUGGGCGCGACAAUGGUCUCGUAUUCUCAAAACACCUCGCAAAAAUGCAUGAUGGACUCGGAGUCCCCGUGUGGUCUCUCCUCGCUAACGCCGCCGUGAUUUUCAUCGCCGGUUGCAUUUAUCUCGCCUCCACUGCUGCGUUCAAUGCGCUGAUCAACACGACUAUCAUUUUGGCGAUGAUCUCCUUCGCUAUACCUUGCUUACUGCUCAUGUGCAGAGGUAGAAGCGAAAAGUUCCUGUUCAAAGAUCGAUGGUUCAAGCUGCCUAGUUGGUUGGGUUGGGUGUGCAAUGCCACUGUAGUGGUAUUCGCUAUCAUUGAGCUUGUGUUCUUUGAUCUGCCCACUUCGCUUCCGACCACAGGGUCCAGUAUGAAUUACACGAGUGCUGUACUGGCUACGAUGGCGGUGUUUAGCGCUAUUAACUGGAUUUGUUAUGCAAGGAAACAUUACAAGGGUCCACGAAUUGAUCUGGCCACAUGA